AGGUGUUAGGCUGGUCCAAUAGAAGCCACACUCUGAAAUCUGAAUUCACUAUCCAAAACAUAAGGAGACUCUCACCCAAUGGCAACUAAUACUCUAAUUUCAGCAUCCUCCCCUUCACCUACCAUGGCUUCUUCUCUCACCGGCGCCGCCUCUCGUUUCCUCCCCUCCGCCACCAUCGCCGCCACCUCCUCCUCCUCCGCCACCACCAGACUUUCCCUCUCUUCUUCUUCUCCUUCCCUCAAAUGCCUCCAAUCCUCCCCUCUCCUUUCUCACAUCUUCCGCUACCAGAAGCGAUCCUUGGUCGGAACAUCAUCUAGUGGAAGAUUCAGCACGUUAGCCUCGCCGAAAUGCGCCGCGUCUGAUUCUGAUCAGUUGAAAAGUGCGAGAGAGGACAUCAAAGAGCUGUUGAAAAACACGUUUUGUCAUCCUAUUUUGGUUCGAUUGGGCUGGCAUGAUGCUGGAACUUACAACAAGAAUAUAGAGGAGUGGCCACAACGAGGUGGAGCUAAUGGAAGCUUAAGAUUUGAAGUUGAACUAAAACAUGGAGCAAAUGCUGGACUAGUAAAUGCACUGAAACUUCUCCAGCCAAUCAAAGACAAGUAUGCUAAUGUGACAUAUGCUGACUUAUUUCAGUUGGCCAGUGCAACUGCCAUUGAGGAGGCUGGAGGACCAAAACUUCCCAUGAAAUAUGGGAGAGUAGACGUUUCUGCACCCGAGGAAUGCCCAGAAGAGGGAAGGCUUCCUGAUGCUGGUCCUCCUUCCCCUGCUUCUCAUUUACGAGAUGUUUUCUACAGAAUGGGGCUAAACGAUAAGGAAAUUGUCGCACUUUCUGGGGCACACACUUUGGGGAGAUCCAGACCAGAGCGUAGUGGUUGGGGCAAGCCAGAAACAAGAUACACGAAAGAUGGUCCAGGAAACCCUGGAGGACAAUCAUGGACUGUGCAGUGGUUGAAGUUUGACAAUUCCUACUUUAAGGACAUUAAAGAGAGAAGAGACGAAGAUCUGCUAGUUUUGCCAACAGACGCGGUUCUUUUUGAAGAUUCUUCAUUUAAGGAAUAUGCAGAGAAGUAUGCUGUAAAUCAAGAUGUAUUUUUCAAAGAUUAUGCGGAAGCACAUGCUAAACUGAGCAACCUUGGAGCCAAAUUUGAUCCUCCUGAGGGUUCCUCAAUAGACAAUACUCCUACACAAGGUCAGCCAGAGAAGUUUGUGGCAGCAAAAUACUCAACCGGAAAGGAUUAAAUACAACUUAUCGUCUUUAGUUCUGCCGUUUCUUUUAAUUUGCCAAGAUCAAGCUAUUACCAAAAUUUUGCUCUCAAAAAUAAAAUUUGGUAGCCUAAUGAAGGAGAAAUAAAUUCAACGAGUCUUGCCUAUUUGAAUUGCAGAGAGAGCUCUCGGAUGCUAUGAAACAAAAGAUUCGAGCAGAAUAUGAAGGUUUUGGGGGGAGCGCAGAUAAGCCUCUCCCAACAAACUAUUUUCUCAAUAUCAUGAUUGUGAUUGGUGUUUUGGCAAUUUUGACAUCUUUGCUUGGAAACUGAGAUGGCUUUGGUUUGAUCUUGUAGAUAUUUUGAGUGCUUUAUAUCGGCAUUAUUGAGAAUGGAAAUUUUGCCCUGUCAUAUAUGCAAAAUUUGAAAUUUUCACAGCUAUUCUGUC